GAAUCGGCAUGCUUUUGCUGUGGUUUGUUGUUCUCUGGGAGGACCUAGACCCAACCCACGAUAUCCGCCUUCCUACUUCAUGUUUCUACCUACUUCUUUCCGUAGCCAUUUUGGCUCAAGGUAUCUGUGGGCUCGAGUUGCACCGGCGCAGGCUUCCUCGUGGAAGGUCCGCAGGCGUCUCAGCUCGACUUGUUUUCCUCUGCACGUCCAAUGGCACGCGUGUCCGCGAUCCUGCUCGUCCUGGCCUUGGCUGCAGGGGCCGCAGAGGCAGUCACCACCGAGACGACCACCGCGAGUGCAUACAGCGAGUCGUGGGUCUGUGACCAGUGCUGCUGGAACUCAGAGGACGACGAGCCUUUCCUGCACAACCCAGACUACAUGGACUGCAUGUCGAUCUACGGCCACCGCGAGUGGAAGGACGGCCUGUGGAUCCCGGAAGGCGGCGAGUGCCCCACGUGUACGUCUUUUUGUGGUUGCAGGUGGUGCGGGGCAGAUGAGGGAUGCGUCUCAGAACAGAGAUCGACGGAUGCGAACAUCUAUUUCUCGGUACCUGCAUUUGUCGUGUUGUUCCGGGAGAGUCUCGAGGUCGUCUUGGUUUUGGUCAUCAUGCUGCAGUUCCUGAAGAAGAGCCAGGCAAACGGGACCAUCACGGAUGAGCAACACACAACGUUUCGGCGUGAAGUGUACGUUGGAGCCAGUAUUGGGUUUCUUGCGUGCGUUGCGAUGGGUGUGGGCAUACUUGCUCUGAUAUCUUUAGCCCUGAGGGACGUCAAAGGCGAGACACACCUAAUUUUGGAAGGAAUAUUGAUGUUGAUCACUUCGUGCAUCCUGAGCUUCAUGGCAGUGAACUUCUACAAGAUGAUGUAUGCCAAGGAAGCUCACGAAAGAAAGAUGAGCAAGAUCAUGGAGCAGACAUUGGAAGCUAGUACCGCUGCACAGGACGAAGCUGGACGAACGAGCGCCUCCUUUGCCAAGAAACACACGUUCUUCAUGUUUGCAUUCAUGACUGGACUGCGGGAAGGUCUGGAGUCGAUCCUCUUCCUAUCCGCUAUCGUGGUUGAUGCGAAGGACCUGUCCUCGCUUCCAAUUCCCAUCAUCAGUGCGAUCAUCCUGGCCAGGAUCGUGGGCUGGUGCUUCUUCACAGGGACACAGAGGAUGCCUGUGACUCUGUUCAUGAAGUUCUCUGCGGUACUCCUGCUGUUCAUUGCCGCCGGAUUCUUCUCCUCGGCCACGCACAAUUUCCAGGAGCUCGGCGUGUUCGGUACGUGGAUCCCGAGAGCGGAGCGCCCGUGGCAGAACUCGAGGGUUUUCGACGCCAGGGAGUGUUGCGACGACAUGGGGAACAAGUUCUGGGUGUUCAUGCGAGCCAUGUUCGGCUGGCAGGACCAGCCGACCCCCCUGGAGUUCUUCGCGUACGGCCUCUACUGGGUGCUCGCUCUCGUCCUGGGCGGCCUGCUGCUCCAGAGGGCGAAGAGGCAGCUCGAGAGGAUGAAGGAGUCCUGGCGCCAGGCCGACGAGCAGCAGGCCAGAGAUGCCGAGACAAACGGCGCAGCCCGGCAGAGCACAGCGCCGCCCCAGUAGAACCCAUCCAGCACGUCGCCGCGCGUCGUGAUGCAUCUCUGGAGGAGGAGGUGGAGGAGGUGGUGGAGGAGGAGGACGAGGUGUGCGCCGGCUUCUGCCGCCUGCCUCGCCGGUGCCCGGUGGGGUCGGCGAGUGCGGCGCAGCGCCGUGCGUGGUGGCAGGCCCGUGGGGUGCUCCUCUGGCGGCAUGCUUCGCGUGAGUCAGGCGCCCCCUCGCCGACCCUGCCCCUCCCCGAGCCCGUGGCAGGCAGCGCGCGGAGCGAGGCAGUCUUGAGUCUGCACCUCUCGGCACGCGAGAGGUUGCACGCUGGCCUCGCCGAGGCCUAGGUUGCGCAGUCAGAUGCAGCCUGGCCCAGAUCGCAGCCUAGAGCUGCAAAGGAUGCCGGCUGUGGACUCGCAGCCCAGAUUUGUACAGUCAGCUGGCGUGCGCACUGCCAUCGUGACGCUUGCGCACGCCCCGCCAGGGAGCGUUGAAUUUGCGAAACUUGCGCAUGCAGGCCGAACGCACCACCUGUGAGAUUUGCGCACGCCCCGCCAGUGGAGCGCAGAAUUCGUGAAGAUUGUAUAGGCCAGACGCGGCCUCCCUAAGAUUUGUACAUGCUCCGCCAGGGAGCGCUGAAAAUUCGUUUACGCACGGGCGAAGAGGCGCAGAGCCCGCCUCUGCGCCGCUGCCGCUGCCGGCGGGAGGGGGGAAGCUCGGGGAGA